CAAUGAUAAACGUUGAUUCAAAUUAGCGCCUUAUGUAUAAGGGGAUUCGGGUAGAUUGAUAAGACGGCGGUGCAAAGAACCAGAUGUUAACUCUACGGCUUCCUUCGAUGGCGCUUUCUUUCACUACUGCUUUAUAUUCAUGGCGCUCUCGACCAGGCCCUAGUCUCCUCCGCAUUCGACCGGCGUUCACAUCUCUCCGACGGCCCCUCUCUCUUUUCUAUAACAAAAUUGGCGUCGUCGCAUUCUGUUCCAGCGAUUCCUCAUCAGUCCCCGAAGAAUCAUCAAAACGCGGCCUGCUUAAGCCUGGUUUAUAUAUUGUAGGAACUCCAAUUGGAAAUCUCGAAGAUAUCACCUUACGCGCUCUCCGCGUGCUGAGAUCAGCGGCUGUGAUACUCUCAGAAGACACGAGGCAUUCGGGGAAGUUGCUUCACCAUUACAAUAUCGAAACUCCGCUUCUGAGCUAUCACAAAUUCAAUGAAUCUCAAAGAGAACAGGCUGUGUUAAAGAGGCUAAAGCAGGGUGAGAUCGUGGCGUUGAUAACCGAUGCCGGUACACCGGGCAUAAGUGAUCCUGGCAUGGAAUUGGCAAAGUUAUGUGUGGACGAAAAUAUUCCUGUUAUUCCCAUCCCUGGGCCUUCAGCUCUGGUAACUGCUCUUUCGGCCUCCGGUUUGGCUACUGAUGAAUUUACAUUUGUUGGAUUUCUUCCUAAACAUGCCGGAUCGAGAAGAGAAAGGCUGAUGGUUUCUGCAAAUGAGAUGACAACUCAAAUAUUCUAUGUUCCUCCACACAAGCUUAACCAAUUUCUUGAAGAAACUUUUUUACAUUUCGGUGACUCGAGACGAUGUGUCAUAGCUCGGGAGAUGACAAAAAUGCAUGAAGAGUUUUGGCGGGGUACAUUGGGGGAAGCAAAAGAAGUGUACUUGACUCACCAACCAAAGGGAGAAAUUACACUACUAAUUGAAGGGAAGACAAAAUCUACGGUUGAAACUCCAUCAGAGUGUCAGCUUGAGGAUGAAUUGAGAAAUUUGAUCUCCAGUGGGCAUAGUCUUUCCACAGCUGUCAAGUUGGUGGCCGGCGGAACAUCAGUCAGUAGGAAAGUGAUAUAUUCACUUGCAUUGAAGAAAUUUGGGAAGCAACUUGGAGCAGAGGAUGAUUCAAAUUAAUGCAAACAACACUGGAAAUCUAUGCUUGGUCAAUUUUGAAAUCUGUGAGUAGAUAAUUUUCGUUGGCUUGCAUUUUGGAUGACAAUGAUGUCCCCUUUCUCUGUUGUUAGUCUAUUUUAUGCUGCAAUGGGUGCCACUGGACCAAUGGUGGAGCAAAUGGAUGUGCAACCUUUUAUCUUCUUGCAGUGACAUGACGCUUAAAGUGAAUAAAAUCUUUUGUCGUGUUAGUUGUCAUGGCUAGAAACCUGGACACAGGUAAUCUUAGUUACCAGCAAAGCUGAGACAUCCUAAGAAGAUACUCCUAUCUGCAACAUCUUGUUCCUUUACUUUAAGCCAAAAGAGAGAAAAACAAAAACUUGGUCCACGACUUGUGAAUGAUUGUUGUACUGUGAUUGUAACGGAUGUUUACUCACAGAAUUGGCUUAUUAUCUACUUAUUGUGCCGACGAUGUAUCUAUCCUAGGGCCCGAAAGCAGCUCGGAUUCAAUGUAGCGAUACACAGGAAGAAUUGACUAAUUGCCUUGCCAAAUGAAACCGAGUAAGAUCCAAUGCCAAGGCUCUUUGUUUUAAAUCUUUUUUUCAUUUUUUUUUUUCUAUAUAUCUAUUUGUGGCGGAGAUAGCUAAAGAGGUAAGAGAGCAAUGUGAUAAAGCUUGUAAGGGACAAAGGUUAGGUUAGACAGAAUGGCACAAAGCUUUUCAUAGAAAAAGUAAAAAAGUUGAGUUCCAAAGAUGCCGUUGGUCAAGUUUACCGUUGGGACAAAGUUUUCAAAAAGUUCGAUCUAUUAAAAUUGAUGUGUAAAAUGUACGUGAUUUUUACAUGUAUUUUUAAUGGUUAUCGAUAGGUGAAGAA